CCGCGGCCCUUUCGUGUCAGCUUGCUGCGCCAGUCGCUGCCGCUGCCUUGUCCGCACACCCGCCCAGUGGCUAAUCGCCCCCCAUCUCGCAACCCAACAUUUCCCACACCCCUUCUGCCGACGGGGAGACUUGUCCACCUUCACAACCUGCCCAUCUUCCACGCGCCAGGACACGACGUUUGGGUAUGCUCAUGUUCAGAUUCUGGAGCUCGGAUUCUGGUAAAAGCGACAGGACUAGUCACGCCGACCAACCCAUGUUUGACCUUGGCAAGACCCCAGUCCAGUCCCAGACGAUUCCAGAUCUCGCACUACCAGUAUCGCCCAAGUCCAGCCCUGCUCGGAGCUCCAGCAACGUUGCCAUAACACCGCCGCCAGUUGCUGCUGAGCCGCCCGUGCUCAAGCGGCAAAGGGACGAUGGCGACGACGUCGCUGAAGAGUCAAGGCCGCUGAAGAAGAUCAUGGCCACGCCUCCUGCUGAGGUCGAGGGCGACAUCAGUGCCAGCACAGUGUCUGCACCUGCAUCUGCAUCUCGUCCGCACGAUGACAUGGAGCGCGCAAGUGAGGUCAUCGAGGCGCAGAUGAGCCUCGAGAUCCUACUCAAGCAUGACGAACUACGCCUCAUCAACCAGGAGCUUGCCAAGUGCCAGGUUGCGCUGGAGCAGUUGCGUCGCUGCCACCUCAUCCCGUAUCCAGUCAACGUGCCGACUCCUGAGCAGAUGCUACGCAUUGCCGGCGGUUCUGGUCCAGCUCUCAUGCCAAAGCCCGGUGUCAAGCUGCCUCAGUGGGCGCCGCCCUUUGGGGUCACGGAUGGUCCUUAUGCUCGCCAUUACGCCCAGUGGCUCAUUCCUGACCCUAAAUUCGAUGGUAUGCCCGCGCCUACACUGGUCCAGAACGAUCCUGUCCGCUUAAGUGCGGCACAGGAAGGUAGAUCGACCCGCAACAGUUUCGUUGAGCAGAGUGGCUCGAAGGGUCGGCCUGUCCGUGGCAAUGCGGGCCAGAAGUUGCAGGCUUUGUCGAGUGGCUACGCGCCUCCCAAGAGCCAGCAGGGACCUUGUGUCUUGAAGCGAGCUGAUGGCAAGACAGUCAAGCUUGUUUGUAUUGACUGCCAGCGAGAGAACUUCAACAGCACCCAAGGCUUCAUCAACCACUGCCGCAUAGCGCACAAGAGGGACUUCAAGAGCCAUGAGGAGGCUGCCGUCCAUUGCGGCCAUCCGAUCGAGGUUCCAGACACAAGCGCGCCGGCCGUUCCUGCUGAAGAGAAGCGGGCCAUCGCACCGCCACCACCUGUAUUGCCUUCUGGGUUGGUUCAUCCUUACAGUCGAGCUAAUGGCAUGUCUGACUCGGAAGCGUGCUUCUCUGUCGUAAACCGUAUCGAAGAGUCCAUGAACGCCUUCCGCAAAGGGUCAUACAGGCCUGACGGGGUGCCUGCUAUUCCAGGCGAGCCUGGCCAAAGAAAGCGCUCUGGAAAGCCAGCCAAGAAUGCGAGCAAGUUCACGCCUGCAGCUUCGUCUCCUCACCUGUCUCGCUUUAUGCAGAGCCGUGGAUUCGAUGGCCAUCUUGGGGAUCUGGUCGCGGAGGCAACGACGAAGGUCGACUUGAACGACCUGGCCGCUUAUGAUAACGAUGAGGACGACGAGGACACACCAAUGGCAGAGACGAGCUCGGCCAUGUCUCAAGCGCGAGCUCUGGCGCCCAAGAUGCGCGUCCCAGCCAACUCGACAGUGGGAACUGUGCGGCCAGGUAGCAGCAAAGGCGCCAUGCACCCGACCACGCAGUAUGCUACACCACUUGCGACACCUCUCCCACGGACGAGUUCCGAGACCGGGUCAGAGAUGGUUGUUGACGAGGACCUCAUGGCACCGGAGCUCAGCCCAAACACCGCCAUCAGCAACAAUGCUCCGUCUCUCGUUAGCGACGAUAGUGACUAUGACGAUUCGGAAGCUGAUUCAGACUCGCGGUCCGAGGUCAACGACACUAUGGACGCUCGAUCCAUCUCUGAUGUUGAGGAGAUUGACAUUGAUGAGGAGCACCCCCGGCAUCAUCACCAAGGUGCCGAGAACGCGGGCACUGCUGUGCGACUCCGCAAGGACGACGCCAAGCACGUGUCUUUCAUCAAGCAGGUCCAGCCUGACACGACCAAGGAGCAGAAACGUUCUUGAACAAGUGCUCAACCCCCUUCUCCCUCUGCGAGCCAAGUCGUGAAGUGAUGCGCCCCGGUGGCGUGUCACGAAGCGCGUGCGAACUUCUGGAUUGUAACAUCAUCAAACUCGCGCCGCCAUUCUCCGCCUAUUUUGGAUUU